UUGACGCACGAGAAAUACGUUGUUAACCUUGAUUUGCGGUUCAAUGGCCGCUGGCUCGGUUGGAAUUGCAUGGGAGUUUGGUUGACAAGCACGUGGAGAAUAUUUAUUUCUGGUUUGACACUUGUUGACUAGUUUGGAGCAAAUAUGAUGGACAAUUUCUUCAAAAUCGAGAAGAUUGGGGAGGGGACUUACGGAGUUGUUUACAAAGCCAGGGACAAACUCACAGGUAAACUUGUGGCGUUGAAGAGGAUUCGACUCGAGACAGAAGCUGAAGGAGUGCCCUCCACAGCAAUACGGGAGAUAUCACUUCUGAAACAAUUGACGCAUCCCAACAUUGUACAACUCUUUGACGUAGUCAACGGGGAUAAGGACCUUUACCUUGUUUUUGAGUACCUUCAACAGGAUCUUAAGAAGUUCCUGGACUGGGCAAAAACCUGUACGGUGAAUCAAGAGCACUGGAAUUCUCUUGUUCAGAGUUAUCUUCACCAGCUGCUGGAUGCAAUAUCCUUCUGCCAUCUCCAUUUAAUUCUCCACAGAGACUUGAAGCCUCAGAAUUUGCUGAUUGACGCUGAGGGACACAUAAAACUCGCUGAUUUUGGACUGGCCAGAGCAUUUGGAGUACCCAUGAGGAUGUACACACACGAAGUUGUCACCCUUUGGUACAGAGCCCCUGAGAUACUUCUCGGAACUAAGCUGUAUUCUUACGCUGUGGACAUCUGGAGUCUUGGAUGCAUCUUUGCAGAGAUGGCUACCAAACGAGCACUAUUCCCUGGAGACUCUGAGAUCGAUCAACUCUUCAGGAUCUUUAGGACACUUGGAACUCCAGAUGAGGAGAUAUGGCCAGGUGUCUCUCAACUUCCUGACUAUAAAUCAAUGUUCCCACAGUGGGAUCCCAGGAAUCUUGACGAAGUGGUCCCUAAUUUUGAAAAUGAUGCCAAAGACCUUUUCUCGAAACUCUUGACGUAUGAUCCGAGUGAAAGAAUAUCCGCGAUGAAAGCCCUCAAUCAUCCGUACUUCAACAACGUCAAGUUAGUGCCCCCUAUACUGCCAAAGAAAGACUGAAAGCCCUUCGGUUCAGCGUUUCGUUAAGUAUUUAGUUCCACAUCAGAACGAUUUACCUUCCGUAUCAGUUACGAUUACCAAUGUUAAGAUUAUUUUUUAUACCAAAAGUUAGGAAUGCGAAGUAAUGAAAUCAUAUCUGCGAACCAA